AUGAAUCAGUUCUUUUGGGGCCUCGGUGUUCCACCAGAUGAGGCAGAGUGCUAUGAUGUGUAUGGCUUGGAUGAUGAACUGUUGGAAAUGGUCCCGAAGCCAGUACUAGCUGUGCUGUUUCUUUAUCCAAUCACAUUACAGGUGUGUGGUUUCAGAUAUCUGUGCGUGUCCUCCUUUUGA